CCUGCUUGAGGGCUCCAGUUUCUCUCCCCCAGGUACCCAUCUGAUGGGGAUAUGGCUGACGCCCAGAACAUGUCGCUGGAGAACCCAGGGAGUGUGGGGGCUGUGGCGGUGCCCGUGGUCUUCGCCCUCAUCUUCCUCCUGGGCACGGUGGGCAAUGGGCUGGUGCUGGCAGUGCUGCUACAGCCCGGCCUGAGCGCCUGGCAGGAGCCGGGCACCAGUACAGAUCUGUUCAUCCUCAACCUGGCCGUGGCCGACCUCUGCUUCAUCCUAUGCUGCGUGCCCUUCCAGGCCACUAUCUACACACUGGAUGCCUGGCUCUUCGGGGCGCUCGUCUGUAAGGCUGUGCACCUGCUCAUCUACCUCACCAUGUAUGCCAGCAGCUUCACACUGGCCGCCGUCUCGGUGGACAGGUACCUGGCUGUGCGCCAUCCACUGCGCUCACGGGCCCUGCGUACGCCGCGCAACGCUCGCGCCGCCAUGGGUCUCGUGUGGCUACUGGCGGCGCUCUUCUCGGCGCCCUACCUCAGCUACUAUGGCACCGUGCGCUAUGGCGCGCUCGAGCUCUGCGUGCCAGCCUGGGAGGACGCGCGCAGGCGCGCCCUCGACGUGGCCACCUUCGCGGCCGGCUACCUGCUGCCGGUGGCCGUGGUGAGCCUGGCCUACGGGCGCACGCUGCGCUUCCUGUGGGCCGCUGUAGGCCCCGCGGGCGCGGCGGCGGCCGAGGCACGGCGACGGGCCGCGGGCCGCGCCAUGCUGGCCGUGGCCGCACUCUACGCACUUUGCUGGGGCCCGCAUCAUGCACUCAUCCUCUGCUUCUGGUACGGACGCUUCGCCUUCAGCCCGGCAACCUACGCCUGCCGCCUGGCCUCACACUGCCUCGCCUACGCCAACUCCUGCCUCAACCCGCUCGUCUACGCCCUCGCCUCGCGCCACUUUCGUGCUCGCCUCCGCCGGCUCUGGCCCUGCAGCCGCCGCCACCACCACCACCAGCACCACCAGUCGCGCUGUCCACCGGCAGCCCGCCAUGCUCUCCGGCGCGUCCGCCCCGCGGCCUUGGCUCCUCCCAGUUGCCCUGCAGACCCCCAAUCUCGUGGGAGGCUACAGGCGCCAGGCGGCUGGGGCUGGGAGCUGGCCAGAGGCGGAGAGCCUGGACGCGCCCUGCCUGCCCCGAGAUCCUAAUAAA